UUUCACGGGAGAUCCUUUCACGAACUGUUACCUCAAACCAAUGGAAGAGCCAGUGAGACCUGCUGACCCCUGCAACCCCAGUCCCUGCGGUCCAAACGCGGUGUGCACCGAAGGUAGCUGCACUUGUCUUUCCGACUACCAAGGAGACCCCUACAUAGGCUGCCGUCCAGAGUGUGUCCUCAACAACGACUGCCCCUUGACUCAAGCCUGCAUUCGCAAUAAAUGCGUAGAUCCUUGUCCUGGAACUUGUGGUCAGAAUGCACAGUGCAACGUGUACAACCAUGUUCCCAUGUGUAGCUGUCUGCCUGGAAUGACAGGGAACGCUUUCCUUUCUUGUCGUCCAAGCAGAGAUCCCUGCAAUCCGUCACCUUGCGGACCUAGCAGUGUCUGUCGCGUAGUAAACGAGCAAGCCGUAUGCUCCUGCGUAUCCAGUUUCAUAGGAACACCUCCGUCCUGCAGACCAGAAUGUACCGUGAGUUCAGAUUGCCCGAAGAAUCAGGCGUGCAGCAAUCAGAAGUGCAUAAAUCCCUGCGCGGGUUCCUGCGGUGUCAGGUCUCAGUGUCAAGUGAUCAAUCAUAAUCCGCUCUGUAGUUGUCCAGCUGGGUUCACGGGCGAUCCAUUCGUCAGAUGCGAACCUAAACUGGAGGAGCCAGUGACACCUAUCAAUCCCUGUCAACCAUCUCCAUGUGGGCCGAACGCGGUUUGCCAGGUGGUGAACGAUUCUCCUUCUUGUUCUUGCAUACCCGAGUUCGUCGGAGCACCACCGAAUUGUAGACCCGAGUGCAUUAGUAACAGCGAAUGCGCUAGCAAUUUAGCCUGCAUGAGAAACAAAUGCACAGAUCCCUGUCCUGGAUCCUGUGGCUCUAACGCCGAGUGUCGGGUUGUGAGUCACACCGCCAUGUGCGUGUGUUUGAUCGGUUACGAGGGAGACCCGUUCACCCAGUGUACCUUGAAACAGAGUAAGAAAGUCUUUGCCUCAUCCCCCUGCACACCGUCACCCUGUGGUUCGAACGCUGUUUGCAAAGAGCAAGGUGGAGUCGGUUCCUGCUCCUGUUUGCCUGACUAUAUAGGAAAUCCUUACGAAGGCUGUCGUCCAGAGUGUAUCAUGAACUCUGAUUGCAUAUCCACUCGCGCUUGCAUUCGUUCCAAGUGCCAAGAUCCUUGUCCUGGAGCUUGUGGCACGAAUGCUGAAUGCCAGGUCGUCAAUCAUUUGCCAAACUGUAAUUGCUUCCCUGGUUACACGGGCCAACCUUAUCAAUUCUGUCAUAUUCCUUUGAUAGUCGACGAUCGGAGAGAUCCAUGUUCCCCAUCACCCUGUGGACCGAACAGUAGAUGUCAAGUCGUUAACGAUCAGGCAGUUUGUUCUUGCCUGCCAGAAUUUACUGGUUCACCCCCGGGUUGCCGACCAGAGUGCGUGGUUAGCGCAGAAUGUCUACCGAAUUUAGCUUGUGUUAAUCAGAAAUGCAAAAAUCCUUGUCCUGGACCGUGUGGUAUCGACUCGGAGUGCAACGUAAUUCAUCAUAGUCCUAUCUGUGCCUGUAGACAGAGAUACACUGGUGAUCCUUUCAGUCGUUGUUUCCCUAUACCAGAAUCUCCACCAGCUCUGGUACCAUACAACCCAUGUGUUCCUUCACCCUGCGGUCCAAACGCAGAGUGUCGCGACGCUAACGGCAUACCCUCCUGUUCCUGUUUGCAAGCCUAUAUAGGAAGUCCUCCGAACUGUCGGCCAGAGUGCACAGUGAACUCUGACUGUUCCCCUAGUCAGGCCUGCAUACGGGAAAAGUGCAGAGACCCUUGUCCCGGUUCCUGCGGCACUUUUGCUCAGUGUUCCGUGAUGAAUCAUGUACCAAUCUGUAGCUGCUUCGAGGGCUACACUGGGGAUCCGUUCAGCAACUGCUAUCCUAAGCCACCACCACAACCAACAGUUUCCGACGACCCUUGCAAUCCAUCACCCUGUGGACCAAACGCAGAGUGCAACAAUGGCAUUUGCACCUGUUUACCAGAGUACAGAGGAGAUCCCAACACAGGAUGUAGACCCGAGUGUGUCCUCAAUACGGACUGCCCCGUGAAUCAGGCUUGCGUUCGCAACAAGUGUAGCGAUCCUUGCGUUGGUACUUGUGGACAGAACGCUAUUUGCAACGUCUUCAAUCAUAUUCCCAUGUGCAGUUGCCCUUCUGGCAUGAGUGGCAAUGCUUUCGUCUUUUGUUCCCCGAUCCAAGUAACCCCGGAAACACCGUGCAAUCCAUCUCCAUGCGGUCAGAACAGUCAAUGUCGUCCAAUUAAUGGUCAAGCGGUCUGUAGCUGCGUGCCAGGCUAUAAAGGAAGUCCUCCAUCUUGUAGACCAGAGUGCGUAGUCAGUUCGGACUGCGGCAGGAACGAGGCAUGCAGUAAUCUCAAGUGUGUGAACCCCUGUGUGGGAAGUUGUGGUAUCCGUGCACAAUGCCAAGUCAUCAAUCACAAUCCCAUAUGCAGUUGCCCUGCAUCAUUGUCCGGGGACCCGUUCGUCAGAUGCGACCCUAUUCCGGAAACCAAACCAGAAAUUAUAAACGCGUGCAAGCCAUCACCGUGUGGCCCUAAUGCGCUCUGCCAGGUGGUAAACGACUCCCCAUCGUGCACCUGUAUGCCAGGAUUUAUUAACUCCCCACCCAACUGCCGCCCAGAAUGUGUCAGUAAUAGCGAGUGCUUAGCACACCACGCUUGCAUAAAUCAAAAGUGCAGAGAUCCGUGUCCUGGCUCGUGUGGAGCGAACGCAGAAUGUCGCGUGGUCAGCCAUACCCCCAUGUGUGUUUGUUCCAUUGGGUUCACAGGUGACCCGUUCACGCAAUGCGUUCUGUUCGAAGAAUCGAGACCAACUUCUCCCUGCACGCCAUCACCCUGUGGCUCGAACGCCAUUUGUAAAGAGCAGAACGGGGUUGGAUCUUGUGCCUGCUUGCCAGAAUACAUUGGCAAUCCGUAUGAAGGAUGUCGACCAGAGUGCACUAUUAGUUCGGACUGUUCUUCGAAUCUUGCUUGUAUAAGGAAUAAGUGUCAGAAUCCUUGUCCUGGGACGUGCGGACAGGAUGCUAUUUGUCAAGUGAUUAACCAUUCGCCCACGUGUACCUGUAUUCCUGGUUUCACGGGAGAUCCAUUCAGAUAUUGCCAGCUUAUGAGAGAACCUGAUCAAUCAGACCCCUGUGUUCCAUCACCCUGUGGACCAAACAGUCAAUGCCGUGUGGUUUCCGGUAACGCAGUGUGCUCGUGCCUACCCGAGUAUUCCGGUAGUCCUCCUAUGUGUCGACCAGAGUGUGUAGUUAGCUCAGAUUGUCCCUCGAAUCGAGCUUGUGUGAAUCAGAAAUGCGUGAAUCCCUGCCCACAGCCAUGUGGACAGAAUACUAAUUGUCUAGUCGUGAAUCACAGUCCCAUUUGUACCUGCAAAGAAGGAAAUACUGGAAAUCCAUUCACCAGAUGUUUCCCUCUUCCAACUCAGGCAACUUUACCCGAUCUACCUCAGAACCCCUGUGUACCAUCUCCCUGUGGCCCAUAUUCAGAAUGUCGAGACAUCGGUGGUACCCCGUCUUGUUCCUGUUUAGCUAAUUAUUUCGGUAGCCCACCGAACUGUAGGCCAGAAUGUACAGUGAACUCGGAUUGUCCAAGUGACAGGGCAUGCAUCAGACAGAGAUGCACUGAUCCUUGUCCUGGAUCUUGUGGCUUAUCCGCACGUUGUACCGUUUUCAAUCAUGUUCCGGUUUGCACCUGUCUGGAAGGAUUCACUGGCGAUCCUUUCAGCAGCUGUUCUCCUACUCCACCCGUAGAAACGGUCCCUGAAGACCCAUGCAAUCCAUCGCCAUGUGGUCCAAACACGCAAUGCAACAAUGGUGCUUGCACGUGUUUGGCAGAGUACCAGGGCGAUCCUUACGUGGGCUGUCGACCAGAGUGUGUUCUAAACACGGAUUGUCCUUUGAACAGAGCUUGUUUGCGCAAUAAGUGUGUCGAUCCCUGCGUUGGCACAUGUGGUCAAAGUGCAGUCUGUAACGUGUACAAUCAUAUACCGAUGUGCAGUUGUCCCGUUGGUAUGACUGGGAAUGCAUUCCUAUCUUGCAAACCUGUUGCAACGAAUCCCUGUAAUCCAUCUCCCUGUGGACCGAACAGUCAGUGCAGAGAAAUAAACGAGCAAGCCGUGUGCACUUGCAUCCCUGGUUUCAUUGGCAUACCACCAACGUGUAGACCAGAAUGCGUAGUGAGCACGGAUUGCGGACCAACUGAAGCAUGCAUCAAUCAGAAAUGUAGUAAUCCGUGUGUUGGAUCUUGCGGCAUCAGGGCAACUUGCCAAGUGGUCAAUCAUAAUCCAAUUUGUAACUGUCCUGCCACCAUGACCGGUGAUCCAUUUAUUAGAUGCACGGAGAAACCACUGGAAGCACCACCGCAACAGAACCCCUGUGAACCAUCUCCCUGUGGUCCAAAUGCACAGUGUCAGGUGAUCAAUGACUCCCCAUCGUGCUCUUGUCUGCCAGAGUUCACUGGUCCACCGCCCAAUUGUAGACCAGAGUGCAUUAGCAACAACGAGUGUCAAAAUAAUCUAGCUUGCAUCAAUCAAAAAUGCAGGGAUCCUUGUCCAGGUUCCUGUGGCUCCAACGCUAUAUGCAAUACAGUGUCUCAUACACCGAUGUGCACUUGUUCCCCAGGAUACACUGGAGAUCCAUUCACUCAAUGUUUCACGCAACAACUUAUACCAAUGUACGUCCCUGAACCUUGCGUACCAUCUCCUUGCGGAGCAAACGCGCUCUGCAAGGAACGAAACGGAGUAGGGGCAUGCAGUUGUUUGCCAGAUUAUGUCGGCAAUCCGUACGAAGGUUGUCGACCAGAGUGUGUGAUAAAUUCAGAUUGUAUCCCAAGCAAGAGCUGUGUCCGAUCCAAAUGCGAAGAUCCUUGUCCCGGUACCUGUGGUCAAAACGCAGUUUGUCAAGUAAUCAACCACGUUGCCACUUGCAACUGCUUGCCAAGGUUCACUGGAGAUCCUUUCAGAUACUGCAGAGAAGAAGAGAUAGUCACCACACCGAGCGUGAGAAACCCUUGUCAACCAUCACCCUGUGGACCAAAUAGCGUCUGCAGAGAGAAUAACGGGCAAGCAGUGUGCUCUUGCUUACCAGAGUUCCGUGGUUCACCCCCAGGAUGUAGGCCAGAAUGUGUAGUUAGCGCAGAAUGCUCACCAGAUCGUGUCUGCGUUAAUCAGAAGUGCAUUGAUCCCUGUCCUGAUCCCUGUGGAAGGAACGCAAUAUGUAGGGUUAUCAAUCGCAGUCCUAUCUGCACCUGUCAACAAGGCUACACAGGAGAUGCCUUCACCAUCUGUUUCCCUCUUCCACGUCCACCACUGGAGCCUGUAACACCUGUGCAACAAGAUCCUUGUUUACCAUCUCCUUGUGGUCCAUACUCCCAGUGCCGAAAUAUCGGUGGAAAUCCCUCUUGCUCUUGUUCGCCCUCCUAUAUCGGUGUACCACCAAACUGUAGACCAGAAUGCACGUUGAAUGCGGAAUGCCCGAGUGCACUUGCUUGCAUUCGCGAGAAAUGUUCAGAUCCAUGUCCAGGAUCCUGCGGUGUUGGAGCACGAUGCACCAUUCUUAACCAUCUUCCAGUGUGUUCUUGUCCUGAAGGAUAUACCGGAGAUCCGUUUAACAGCUGUGUCCCAAAGCCCAUUAUAUCCGAAGAAACCGUGUCAGAUCCCUGCAACCCCUCGCCAUGUGGUACAAAUGCGCUCUGUCGAGAUGGCUCCUGCACGUGUCUUCCCGAAUUCCAAGGCGAUCCAUACAGUGGCUGUCGUCCCGAGUGUGUCAUGAACAAUGACUGCACUCGUGACAGGGCUUGCUUAAGGAACAAAUGCGUGGACCCGUGCAUAGGAACUUGCGGGCAAAAUGCACAGUGCCAGACGAUUAAUCAUGUCCCUAUGUGCAGCUGUCCAACUGGCAUGUCCGGGAAUGCAUUCGUUUCCUGUUCUCCAGUUCAGGAAGACGUAGUACAAAACCCCUGCUCUCCAUCACCCUGUGGACCAAAUAGCCACUGUCAGGAAGUAAAUGGAAUUGCAGUUUGCAAGUGCAUAGAAGGUUUCACAGGCAACCCGCCUACUUGCCGGCCAGAGUGUGUCGUUAGUUCGGAUUGCGAGCUUUCCAAGGCUUGCAUCAAUCAGAAGUGCAGAGAUCCUUGCCCUGGCACUUGCGGUCUGAGAGCAGAGUGUUCCGUGGUCAAUCAUAAUCCCAUUUGCAGGUGUCCUCAAGGCCUAAGUGGUGAUCCUUUCACCAACUGUAUUGUCAUAGUAUCUUCAGAACCAAUCAAUCCCUGUUAUCCAUCACCUUGUGGCCCAAAUGCCCAAUGCCAAGUCACGAAUCAAGCACCUUCUUGCUCCUGUUUACCGGAAUUCACGGGUACUCCACCGAAUUGUAAACCAGAGUGCAUUACGAACACCGAGUGUCCGAUUCGUCAGGCCUGUAUCAAUCAGAAAUGCAGAGAUCCUUGCCCUGGUUUAUGCGGAGCUAACGCUGAAUGCAGCAUGUUUAGUCACACCCCGAUUUGCUCCUGUCGAACAGGAUUCACUGGGGAUCCUUUUGUUCAGUGUACUACCGUGCAAAGUAAGUUUGCUCCUCUUUUACUUCGACCUACGCCCUGCAGCCCGACACCAUGUGGCGCGAAUGCAGUGUGCAAGGUAUCAGGGAAUGCAGGAUCUUGCUCCUGCUUGCCUGAUUAUAUCGGAAACCCAUACGAUGGUUGCAGACCAGAGUGUGUCGUGAAUUCCGAUUGUCCAGCGAACUUCGCUUGCAUAAGAUCAAAAUGCCAAGACCCAUGUCCGGGUGCUUGCGCUCCGAAUGCCAUGUGCAAUGCUGUGAACCACUUGCCAGUGUGCACUUGCAUACAGGGAUACAGUGGAGAUCCGUUUAGAUACUGCAGUUUGAGUCCAGUGAAACGUAAGACAAAUCCUUGCAACCCUUCGCCCUGUGGUCCAAACAGCGAAUGUCGCGUGAACAACAACCAAGCAGUAUGCUCCUGUCUUUCGUCCUACCUUGGUAGUCCACCUAAUUGCAGACCCGAGUGCGUGGUCAGUACCGAGUGUCCUUUGACACGUGCCUGUGUGAGUCAGAAAUGCGUGGAUCCGUGUCCCAAUGCGUGUGGCACGAACGCCAAUUGCAGGGUUAUCAACCACAGUCCGAUUUGCUUCUGCAACAACGGAUUCACUGGUGAUCCAUUCGUUACCUGCUUCCGUGUUCCUGUGUCCGUGGAGUUGAUACCAAUGGUGCAAAGGGACCCAUGUUCGCCAUCUCCAUGCGGUCCCAACGCCAUUUGCCAGAACGUCGGCCAAACUCCAGCUUGCACUUGCGUGUCAAACUAUCGUGGCAGUCCACCAAACUGUAGACCAGAGUGUACGAUUAAUUCCGAGUGUCCUAGUAACCAGGCAUGCAUCCAAGAAAGGUGCAAAGACCCUUGUCCAGGUUCUUGCGGUUUCAAUGCUCAAUGCACAGUGUUCAAUCACGUCCCCGUGUGUUCGUGCAUCGAAGGGUACACUGGCGAUCCGUUCAGUCAGUGCAAUCAAGAGAUCAAACCUCCUGAACCAGUAGAAACAGACUUGUGUAAUCCAUCUCCAUGUGGACCCAACGCUCAGUGCGACAAUGGAAUCUGUUCCUGCAUGACCGAUUACUACGGUGAUUCGACUAUAGGUUGUCGACCAGAGUGUGUACUGAACAACGACUGUCCACGAAAUAGAGCUUGCGUGAGGAACAAGUGCGAGGACCCUUGCAUUGGCACGUGUGCCAGUAACGCUAUUUGCAGCGUGAUCAAUCACGUGCCAAUGUGCAGUUGCCCUACUGGUUUCGAAGGGAAUGCUUUUACAUUCUGUCGUCCAGCAAUAGGUAUUUCAUUGUUACUGAAUCCAUGCUUGCCAUCCCCAUGCGGCCCCAACGCAAGGUGCACAGAAAGGAACAACGUAGGCUCCUGUACCUGUGUUCCGGGUUACCUAGGCAAUCCUUACGAAGGGUGCAGACCAGAAUGUGUCCUAGAUUCAGAUUGCUCGCCUACUCGGACUUGCGUCAAUUCCAAAUGCAUUGACCCGUGUCCAGGAACAUGUGGCACUAACGCAGAGUGCCGCGUUAUCAACCACCGUGGUUCUUGCUCUUGUUUCUCUGGUUACACCGGUGAUCCCUAUCGGUAUUGCUCUGUCCAACCCGUUGUUUCCGACGUACCUGCGAGCGACCCCUGUGGAAAUGGCCAGUGUGGUCCAAACAGUCAAUGCAGAGUAAUAAAUCAAGUGGCAGUUUGCUCUUGCAUGCCUAACUACAUGGGUACACCUCCAGCUUGUAGGCCAGAAUGUGUCACUAGCUCAGAGUGCUCCGCUGACAAGGCGUGCGUGAAUCAGAAAUGCGUGAACCCGUGUCCAGCCUCGUGUGGACAGAACUCUGACUGUAGGGUGAUCAAUCAUGCACCCUUGUGCAAUUGUAUGAGAGGAUACACAGGUGAUCCGUUCUCCGUGUGCUUCCCUGUUCCGUUGAUACCACCAAUUCAGAACGACCUCGUUCCAAAAGAUCCUUGCAUUCCAUCCCCCUGUGGAGCCUAUUCGGAAUGUCGGAACAUCGGAGGUGUUCCAUCCUGCUCGUGUUUGGCCACCUACACCGGAAGUCCACCAAACUGUCGACCAGAGUGCACCAUUAACUCAGACUGUCCUCCCAGUCAAGCUUGCAUGCAGCAAAGAUGCAGGGAUCCUUGCCCUGGAUCUUGUGCUUCGCUAGCUCAGUGCACUGUUAUCAAUCAUGUGCCAACUUGCUCUUGUCUACCUGGUUAUACUGGAGAUCCCUUCACUAAUUGUAUUAUCGAACCACCUCGACCCGUUGAAACUGAUCCUUGCGCGUCUUCACCUUGCGGAUCAAACGCGCGUUGCGACAAUGGCGUCUGCUCCUGUCUGCCAGAAUAUUUCGGAGACCCAUACGCGGGUUGCAGACCAGAGUGCGUUCUAAGCAACGAAUGUCCAACCACCAGAGCUUGCAUUCGUAACAAAUGUGUCGAUCCCUGUGUCGGUGUUUGCGGACAGAAUGCGUUGUGCAACGUCUUCAAUCAUGUACCAAUGUGUAGUUGUCCGUCCGGAAUGUCAGGAAACGCUUUCGUGCUCUGCUCCCCCGUUCAAGUGACCGCGGUCAGUGAUCCCUGCAACCCUUCGCCAUGCGGUCCCAACAGCCGGUGCAAACAGAAUAACAUGCAAGCCUUAUGUUCUUGCAUAAGCGGAUACAUUGGAGCACCUCCUACUUGCAGGCCAGAGUGCGUGGUUAGCUCUGAUUGUCCACUGAACGAGGCUUGCACCAAUCAGAGGUGUAGAGACCCUUGUCCAGGAAGCUGUGGAUUGAACGCGAUCUGUAACGUUGUUAACCAUAAUCCUCUGUGCUCUUGUCGGGAAAGGAUGACCGGUGAUCCCUUCAUUAGAUGUUAUCCCAUGCCCGAGAGACCGCCAGCACCCAUCAACCCCUGUCAGCCAUCUCCCUGUGGACCAAACGCGGAGUGCCAGGUAGUCAAUGACCAACCAUCUUGUUCUUGCCUUCGAGAAUUCACAGGAUCACCUCCUAACUGUCGUCCGGAGUGCAUCAGCAACAGCGAAUGCUCGAAUCAAUUAGCUUGCAUCAACCAGAAGUGUCGAGAUCCUUGCACAAAUGCCUGUGGUGUGAACGCGGUUUGCAACGUGGUCAGCCACACUCCCAUGUGUGCUUGCUCUAAUGGCUACGCUGGAGAUCCGUUCACGCAAUGUCUACCACAACAGUUCGACGUUCAAAUUAGCAGACCAGAUCCCUGCGCUCCAUCCCCUUGUGGCGCAAACGCGAUCUGUCGAGUCCAACAGAACUCAGCUUCCUGCUCCUGUCAGAACGACUACAUUGGAAACCCUUACGACGGAUGCAGGCCAGAAUGUACCCUCAGCUCAGACUGCCCGUCCAAUCAGGCUUGUAUCAGAUCGAAAUGCAGAGAUCCUUGUCCUGGAACUUGUGGUCAGAAUGCCCAGUGUUACGCUGUGAAUCAUGCAGCUACUUGCAGCUGUUUCGAACGAUACACUGGUGAUCCUUUCGUGUACUGCAGUCCAUUCAGAGAACCGCCUGCAACCACUGUCGAAACACCGGUAGACCCCUGUAUUAAUUCGCCAUGCGGACCCAAUUCCCAGUGCCGUAACAUUAACGGUUCCCCGUCGUGCUCUUGCCUGCCUAAUUACAUUGGUUCUCCACCUAAUUGUCGCCCAGAGUGCGUGAUCAACGCAGAUUGUCCCAGAAAUCAGGCAUGCGUUCGCGAGAAGUGUCAGGAUCCUUGCCCAGGAUCUUGCGGAAUUAACAGUCUCUGCAGCGUACACAAUCACGUCCCAGUUUGUGCGUGUAUAGAGGGAUACAAAGGGGAUCCUUUCAUUAGUUGUCAAUUCAUACCGAUGAUGGAGGAGCCUGUGACAGACCCAUGCAGUCAGUCUCCGUGUGGUUCCAACACCCAGUGCGAUAACGGAGUUUGCACUUGUCUGGCAGAGUACUUUGGUAACCCAUAUACCGGGUGUCGACCAGAAUGCGUGUUGAGUACAGACUGUUCGAACGACAAGGCGUGUAUAAGGAACAAAUGCGUCGAUCCUUGCCCUGGAGCUUGCGGUCAGAAUGCGCAAUGCAAUGUGAUUAAUCACAUACCGAUGUGCAGUUGCCCCCCUGCUACCAAUGGCAACGCCUUGAUCGUGUGCUCGCCUGUGCAAGUACCCACCACUACGAGACCUUGCAACCCAACACCGUGUGGUCCAAAUAGCAUAUGUAGAGAGGUGAACGAUCAGGCUGUGUGUACCUGCGCCCCAGAGUACCUUGGAACUCCACCUCUAUGUAGGCCGGAAUGCCUGGUCAGUUCGGACUGUCGGAAGAACCUGGCUUGCGUGAACCAGAAGUGUAGAGAUCCGUGCCCAGGAACGUGUGGUAUACAGGCGACUUGUCUUGUGGUGAAUCAUAAUCCUGUUUGCUCAUGCCCGGAGCGAUACACGGGGGAUCCGUUCAUCAGAUGCGAGAUGAUCAAAGAGGUAAUAACGCCCACGAAUCCCUGUCAACCAUCACCCUGCGGCCCAUAUUCCCAGUGUCAAGUGGUCAACGACAACCCGUCGUGCAGUUGUCUGCCCGAAUACAGAGGCGUCCCACCAAAUUGCAAACCCGAGUGCAUAUCAAACUCCGAGUGCCCCAGCCACCAAACGUGCGUCCAACAAAAGUGCAGAGAUCCUUGCCCAGGUCUCUGUGGAGAGAGUGCAGAGUGUCACGUGACCUAUCACGUACCUAAUUGCAUUUGCCCGAAUGGUUUCACUGGCGAUCCUUAUACUCGUUGCGCGAUAAUAAGUAAGCAUGUUCUAGCUCGCGACCCGGAACCCUCACCCUGUGCGGAAGGCACUUGCGGCACAAACGCGUUAUGCAGGGAACGAGACGGCGUUGGCAUUUGUUCAUGCCCCCUCGAGUACGUCGGCAAUCCAUACGUAGGUUGUAGACCCGAGUGCGUGAUUAAUCCUGAUUGCCCGUCGAACAAAAUGUGCGUGCGAAACAAGUGUCAAGACCCCUGUCCUGGAACCUGCGGCCAGAACGCCGAGUGCUCGGUCGUUAAUCAUCAGUCCUUCUGCUAUUGCCGGCCAGGUUUCACUGGCGAUCCAUUUGUCGGUUGCACCGUGGAUAUACCGAAAGAGAACGUGUGUAGUCCAUCACCCUGCGGACCAAAUAGUCAAUGCAAAGAGGUAUCGGGUCAGGCCGUGUGUUCCUGCUUACCAACGUACGUAGGCACUCCACCUGGAUGUAGACCCGAGUGUGUAGCUAGCUCAGAGUGUCCUACCCAGCUUGCGUGCAAGGACUACAAAUGCGUGAACCCAUGCCCUAGCCCUUGCGGCUUGAACACCAAAUGCGUGGUUGUGAAUCACAGUCCAAUUUGUAGUUGUAUGCCCGGACAUAGCGGAGACCCAUUCACCACUUGCACACCGAUUCAACCUGUUAUGAUCCCCGGUCCAACGGAGAAAGACCCCUGCGUGCCAUCCCCGUGCGGUAGCUUCGCUCAGUGUAGGAACGUUCGCGGUUCGGCUGCAUGUAGCUGCAUAGAAGGCUACACUGGUCAACCACCGAAUUGCAGACCAGAAUGUACGAUCAAUUCCGAGUGUCAGAGCGACAUGUCCUGCAUCAACAUGAAGUGCAGGGAUCCUUGUCCCGGUUCCUGCGGUUCUGGCGCAGUCUGCGCUGUGGUUAAUCACAUCCCAGUAUGCAAUUGUCCCGAAGGUUUCACUGGCAAUCCAUUCACCCUCUGUCAACUGCAGCCGACCAUACCUACUCCACCAACACCUGUAGAGGACCAAUGCACCCCAUCACCCUGUGGUCCUAAUGCGGACUGCCUGAAGGGCGUCUGCACGUGUUUACCAGAGUUCGAAGGAAAUGCCUACCUAGGAUGUCGACCCGAGUGCGUGCUAAACUCAGACUGUCCCCGUGACAGAGCCUGUUUGCGUAACAAGUGUACGGACCCCUGUCCUGGAACGUGUGGCCUGAACGCCAUUUGCAUGGUUAUCAAUCACGUACCUAUGUGCAGCUGUCCCGGAAACAUGACUGGCAACGCAUUCAGUCAGUGUACUCCUCUACAAGAUUUAAUACCCAUCAACCCAUGUAGUCCAACACCCUGCGGACCCAAUAGCGAGUGCAGAGUCGUAAACGGUCAAGCGGUUUGUUCGUGCGUUAGAGGAUUCUUAGGAAGCCCACCUACAUGUAGACCUGAGUGCAUAGUGAGCACGGACUGCCCACAGAACGAGGCCUGCAGUAAUCAGAGGUGCAUGAAUCCGUGUCCAGGAACCUGCGGAAUUGGAGCCACGUGCAAUGUCGUCAACCAUAAUCCCGUGUGCAGCUGCCCAUUGCGUUACACAGGCGAUCCAUUCGUACAGUGCAUGCUUUUCCGUAAGAUCGAGGAACCUGUAGUAGAUCCUUGCCAGCCAUCACCCUGUGGCCCCAACUCUCAAUGUCAGGUGAUCAACGAUUCUCCAUCCUGCUCCUGUUUACCAGAAUUCUCUAGCAGUCCACCAAACUGUCGUCCCGAAUGCGUUAGCAAUAGCGAGUGUACUAGCCAACUGGCCUGUAUCAAUCAGAAAUGCAAAGAUCCUUGCGCUGGAUCCUGCGGAGCUAAUGCCAACUGUCAUGUCGUCAGUCACACUCCCAUGUGUACCUGUCUCAGCGGCUACGCCGGUGAUCCAUUCACUCAGUGCAUUUUCAAAGAACCAACCAUGAUUCCCCUGCCUGUUGACCCCUGCAAUCCAUCUCCUUGCGGUUCUAACGCCGUUUGCAAAGAACUGAACGGCGCAGGCUCGUGUACCUGUGUUUCCAAUUAUAUCGGGAACCCGUACGAAGGAUGUCGACCAGAGUGUCUGCUGAAUUCUGAUUGUCCUGCCAAUCAGGCUUGCAUGAACAGCAAAUGCCGAGAUCCUUGUCCAGGAACCUGUGGUCGUAACGCUGAAUGUCACGUUGUCAAUCACUUGCCCAUAUGCGAGUGCUACCCUAGACACACUGGCAAUGCCUUUGUUCUCUGCUCGCCUAUUCAGCCAGAAGUCGAUCAAACGAUCAGUCGUCCCUGCAACCCGUCCCCUUGUGGGCCCAACAGCCAAUGCAGAGCAGUCAACGGACAGUCCGUCUGUUCCUGUUUGCCCGAGUUCAUAGGCAGUCCGCCAUCGUGCAGGCCCGAAUGCACAGUCAGUGCAGAAUGCGCUCCGAACCUAGCUUGUAUCAACAAAAAGUGCAGUGAUCCUUGUCCUGGAUCCUGUGGCUCGAAUACUAGAUGCGAAACCAUAAACCACAGAGCCAUUUGCUCUUGUCAGCCUAGCUUCACCGGUGAUCCUCUUGUUGCCUGCUUUGAUAUCAUCACGGAAAGACCAUCACCUAUACCAACAUACGUAAACCCUUGCGUACCAUCUCCUUGCGGACCAUAUUCCGAAUGUCGUGACAUAAAUGGCCAAGCUUCUUGCGCAUGCAUGGCAGAUUACAUGGGAACACCGCCGAAUUGUAGACCAGAGUGUAUACGAAAUUCAGAGUGUCCUAGCAAUCAGGCCUGUAUUCAGAAGAAAUGUCGGUACCCCUGUGAAGGUGUUUGCGGUAUGAACGCCCAGUGUUCCGUGACAAAUCACAUCCCCAUUUGCACCUGUUCCGAGGGCUUAACCGGGGACCCAUUCGCGAGAUGUUUCUCCGCUCCAGGUACAAAUAUUCCUGCAGAUUCGUGUCUGAAUUGCGGUGCAAAUACGCGGUGCCUCGAUGGAGUUUGCACUUGCUUGCCCGAGUAUCAGGGAGACCCGUACGUAGGCUGUCGUCCAGAGUGCGUUCUCAACUCAGAUUGCUCCAGAGACCGAGCUUGCAUCAAGAGCAAGUGUAGUGAUCCAUGUGCAGGCACUUGUGGCCAGAACGCCCUGUGUUCCGUAAUAAAUCAUAUUCCGGUUUGCACUUGUCCUCCUGGCACUUCAGGAAAUGCGUUCGUAGUUUGCUCCACGAUUCAAGUACAAACACCCAAAGACCCAUGCAACCCAUCGCCCUGUGGACCUAACAGUCAGUGCAGAAAGAUAAACGACCAAGCAGUCUGCUCUUGCAUCCCUGGUUACCUGGACACACCACCCAAUUGUCGACCAGAAUGUAUUCUUAGUUCAGAUUGUCCAUCCAACAUGGCGUGCAAUAAUCAGAAAUGCGUGGAUCCUUGUCCUGGAACUUGUGGAAUUAGAGCGGAAUGCGUGGUCGUAAAUCACAAUCCUAUCUGUAGCUGCCCAUCCGACCUGGCAGGAGACCCCUUCUCCGUGUGUAUUAGGAAACCCGAAGAACCUCAAGUCGUGAACCCGUGUGUCCCAUCACCUUGCGGUCCAAACAGUCGAUGCCAAGUCAUAAACGAUUCGCCUUCCUGCUCUUGCCUGCCCGAGUUUCUCGGUUCUCCACCUAAUUGCAAGCCAGAGUGCAUCAGUAACAGCGAAUGCUCAACCCACUUGGCCUGCAUAAGUCAAAAGUGUCGCGACCCUUGUCCCGGUUCCUGCGGUGCCAAUGCGGAAUGUCGAGUGAUCAGUCAUACACCCAUGUGCGUAUGCAGUUACGGUUUUAUGGGCGAUCCGUUCGUGCAAUGUGUCCCGAAACCAGUAGACAAACCUACCCCGUGUGUGCCAUCUCCUUGUGGCUCCAACGCAAUGUGCAACGAGCUAAACGGUGCAGCAUCCUGUAAAUGCCUUCCUGACUACAUCGGUAAUCCCUAUGAAGGCUGUCGACCAGAAUGUAUCAUUAAUUCCGACUGCACAGCCGAUCAGGCUUGCGUGAAGUCCAAGUGUCAGAACCCUUGUCCAGGAUUCUGUGGAUACAAUGCUGUCUGUCAGGUUGUCAAUCACGCUCCAUUGUGUACUUGUCAACCUGGAUAUACCGGUGACUCGUUCGUUCAAUGUAACGUUAUUCAAGAAGCACCAAAACCAGCUGACCCAUGUAGUCCAUCUCCCUGCGGUCUAAAUAGUCAGUGUCGCGUGUCCAAUGGACAGGCUAUCUGUUCUUGCUCACCCACGUUCAUGGGAACUCCGCCAAUGUGCAGACCAGAGUGCACAGUUAGCUCGGACUGUGCCACGAAUCGUGCCUGCAAGAACCGCAAAUGCGUGGACCCCUGUCCUGGAAUUUGCGGUAUCAAUGCUAGGUGCGAGGCCAUUAAUCACAGUCCAAUCUGCAGUUGUAAUAUGGAAUAUACCGGGGACCCAUUCGUUAGGUGUUUCAAGGUUCCAAUGGUCCCCGAAGCCGUGAAUCCUUGUGUGCCCUCACCCUGUGGCCCAUUCUCUGUCUGUCGCGUGCUUGGUAACGCAGACCUGCCAAGCUGUACCUGUAUGGAAAAUUAUAUAGGAAGUCCACCUAACUGCCGACCAGAGUGUACCAUCGAUUCGGAAUGCGCCAGUAAUAGAGCUUGUCUCAGACAAAAAUGUACAGAUCCUUGCCCAGGUUCCUGUGGUACAGGAGCUCAGUGUCUAGUAGUAAACCACAUGGCUGUGUGUACCUGUCCCAAAGGCUAUACUGGGGAUCCAUUUGUGAACUGCUUCCUAGAAACACCUUCUCCGUCACCAGUUCCGCAAGACUCUUGCAACCCAUCACCGUGCGGAUCAAACGCAGUCUGUCGAGAUGGUACAUGUACAUGUCUCCUGGAAUAUCACGGUGAUCCAUACUAUGGCUGUCGCCCAGAAUGCGUCCAGAACCCUGACUGUCCUCUAGAUAAGGCUUGCAAUCGUAACAAGUGUUUCGAUCCGUGUAUCGGUGUCUGUGGGCAGGACGCGGAAUGUGUAGUGAUAAAUCAUACUCCUAUGUGCAGCUGUCCCGAUGGCAUGUCAGGAAACGCGUUCACAACUUGUUACCCGAUAAAAGACCCAGUGAUAAUACAGCCUUGCAACCCGUCACCCUGUGGUCCCAAUAGUAGAUGCCAAGACUUCAAUGGACAGGCAGUUUGUUCCUGUGUCCCUGGUUACAUGGGAAAUCCUCCAGCAUGUCGACCAGAGUGUCUCGUUAACAGUGAUUGUCCAUUGAACGAGGCUUGCGUGAACUUGAAGUGUAGGGACCCGUGUCCUGGAUCCUGUGGGGUAUCAGCUCGUUGUCAAGUGGUCAAUCAUAAUCCCAUUUGCAGUUGUCCUCCAGUAUUCACUGGCGAUCCAUUCGUGCGUUGUUUGCCCAGACCCGAAGAACCCGUACCAACGAUCAAUCCUUGUCAGCCAUCACCGUGCGGUCCAAAUGCAGUCUGUCAAGUGAUCAACAAUUCUCCAUCGUGUUCAUGUAAACCAGAAUUCAUUGGCACUCCUCCUAAUUGCAAACCAGAGUGUAUCAGUAAUGGCGAAUGUAGUAGCCACUUGGCCUGUAUCAAUCGUAAGUGCAGAGAUCCCUGUCCUGGUUCAUGCGGUUCCAACGCGGAAUGUCACGUGGUGAAUCACGUCCCGUCGUGCAUUUGCGCGAAGGACUUCACGGGAGAUCCAUUCGUUCAAUGCACUGCCAAGCAACCGGAGAUAACGAUUCCAGCCAGACCUUGUCAACCCUCCCCAUGUGGAGCUAACGCUAUUUGCCGAGAGCAAAAUGGCCUUAGUUCCUGCGCCUGUUUGCCAGAAUACAUCGGCAAUCCUUACGAAGGAUGUCGACCAGAAUGUACCCGUUCGUCAGAUUGUCCUUCCCAUCUAGCCUGCAUUAGAUCCAAGUGCCAGAAUCCUUGUCCCGGUUCUUGUGGUGCCAACACCAACUGUCAAGUGGUGUAUAAUCUACCUGUGUGCACUUGUAUACCUCAAUAUACCGGGGAUCCAUACGUGAACUGUGUAUACAAAAUUCCCACGUUCGAAGAAGAAGAACGAGACGUGUGUCAACCAUCCCCGUGCGGUCCAAAUAGUCAAUGUCAGAAUGUCAAUGGCCAAGCAGUAUGUUCUUGCCUGUCCCAAUACGUAGGAACACCACCAAACUGUAGACCAGAGUGUGUGGUGAAUUCGGAAUGUAACUCGAACCUCGCGUGUAUCAAUCAGAAAUGCAAGGAUCCCUGUCCUGGUACCUGUGGUCGCAAUGCACAGUGCAAAGUCGUUCAUCAUAGUCCCAUUUGCAGCUGUGGAGGAGGUUUGACAGGAGAUCCAUUUGUCUACUGUUUCCCCGCUCCGAUGCCAAAACCAGAAGAGAAGUACCCGAAAGAUCCAUGCAUCCCAACACCCUGUGGUCCAAACGCGAUGUGCAAAGCCAUAGGAGACACUCCAGUCUGUACUUGCAUGAACAGCUACAUCGGAGUGCCACCUAAUUGUCGACCAGAGUGUUCCAUUAAUUCAGACUGCACAGCUGAUAGAACCUGCAUUCGGGAGAAGUGCAGAGAUCCUUGUCCAGGAUCCUGUGGCUUAAACGCCCGUUGUACGGUCGUAAAUCAUACACCAGCCUGCACUUGUCCUGAGGGAUAUUCCGGUGAUCCCUUCGUUAGCUGUUCACCAAUUCCUCCGACGUCGAUCACGGAUAUCCCAUCAGACCCAUGCAACCCAUCACCAUGCGGACCAAACGCACAGUGCGAUAAAGGAGUUUGCACUUGUGUGCCUGGUUACUUGGGUGACCCGUACACCAUUUGCCGACCCGAAUGCGUCAUCAACACCGACUGUGCUCGGAAUGAGGCUUGCUUACUGCACAAGUGCAGAAAUCCGUGUGCAGGAACUUGUGGAAUAAACGCGGAGUGCAACGUGGUUAAUCAUCUACCCAUGUGCAGUUGCCCUAGAAAUAUGACAGGCAAUGCCUUCGUCUCGUGUAAUCCUGUUCAAGAAACCAGCACAGUUGAUCCAUGCGAUCCGUCUCCAUGUGGCCCGAACAGUCAUUGUCGCUCCUCCAAUGGUCAAGCUGUCUGUAGCUGCGUCACAGGAUUCAAGGGAUCACCGCCAUCUUGUAGACCAGAAUGUAUCGUCAGUACCGAUUGUCCGCGUAACAGAGCAUGCAGUAAUCAGAAGUGCAUUGAUCCUUGUCUUGGCACUUGUGGACUGUCUGCUCAAUGUUCCGUGGUCAAUCACAAUCCUGUAUGCAGCUGCUUCGAGCAGUAUACUGGGAAUCCGUUCGUUCAAUGUAUCCCUCAGACAAAAGAGCCGGAUAUUCCGAUAAAUCCUUGUCAACCUUCACCCUGUGGACCUAACGCGCAAUGUCAGGUGAUCAACAAUGCACCCUCGUGUUCCUGUCUCCCCGAGUUCCUAGGAAUUCCACCGAAUUGCAAACCUGAAUGCGUGAGCAACUCAGAGUGCCCAACGCAGCAGGCUUGCAUCAAUCAAAAAUGCAAAGAUCCCUGUCCUGGCUCCUGUGGAAGAAACACCGAGUGCAGAACCAUUAGUCAUACGCCCAUGUGUACUUGCACCAGUGGUUUCACCGGAAACCCGUUCGUGCAAUGCACACCUCAACCAAUUGAAGAUGUUCCACAAAAGGCCAACCCCUGUCAGCCAUCACCUUGCGGUCCGAAUGCCAUUUGUCGUAUGUCCCAUGGCUCGGCUCAAUGCACUUGUAUGCCCGACUUCUACGGAAACCCGUACGAAAAUUGCAGGCCAGAAUGUAUUAUCAAUACCGACUGUCCAUCAAACCGAGCCUGCAUAAGGAACAAGUGUCAAGAUCCCUGUCCAGGAGCCUGUGGCUUUGAUGCCGAUUGCCAAAUGAUUAAUCACAUUCCUAUUUGCAGUUGUAGACCUGGUUACACUGGUGAUCCAUUUAGAUAUUGCAGCGUAUUCCAACAACCUCCUGAACCAAGUCGCACCACUCCCUGCGAGCCAUCGCCCUGCGGACCCAAUAGUCAGUGUCGCAAUGUGAACGGUCAGGCCAGUUGCUCCUGCCUGCCCAGUUUCAAGGGUACACCCCCAAGUUGUAGGCCAGAAUGUAUAGUCAGUACAGAAUGUGCCAGCAAUAGAGCUUGCGUGAAUCAGAAAUGCGUUGACCCCUGUCCCGGAGUUUGUGGAAUAAGUGCAAGAUGCGAGGUCUUCCAUCACAGCCCUAUCUGUAGCUGUAGAGCCAGUCAGACGGGAGAUCCGUUUGUAAAAUGUUUCGAUGUAACCACACCCGCUCCACCUGUGCCUGUAAACCCGUGUGUUCCAUCGCCCUGUGGUCCAUUCUCGCAAUGCCAAGAUAUUGGAGGCAUCCCGUCCUGUUCUUGCUUGCCCAGCUACGUUGGUUCAGCCCCCAACUGUCGGCCAGAGUGUUCCAUUAACCCUGACUGUACUACUGACAAGGCUUGUGUCAGGGAGAAAUGUAGGGACCCGUGUCCAGGAUCCUGUGGAACGAACGCGUUCUGCAGUGUCAUUAAUCAUACACCUGUUUGUACUUGUCCUAAAGAUUAUACAGGAGAUCCCUUCACCAGCUGCCGCCUCAUGCCCACACCUGUCCUCCCAGUUCCAUCAGACCCAUGUAACCCAUCACCAUGCGGUCCAAAUGCUCUCUGUCGAAAUGGCCAGUGCAGUUGCAUAAACGAAUACCGUGGCGACCCGUACCAAGGGUGCCGGCCAGAAUGCGUGCAGAAUUCGGACUGCACCUACAACAGAGCUUGUUCCAACAACAAAUGCGUGGAUCCCUGUACCGGAAUUUGUGGUCAAAAUGCCGAAUGCGUCGUGGUGAAUCACAUUCCCACGUGCAGCUGCGUCGAAAGUUACGAGGGAGAUCCGUUCACCCUUUGCAAACCCAUUCGAAAACGCGUGAAACCCUGCGAUCCAUCGCCAUGUGGACCCAAUAGCGUCUGUCGCGAGUUUGGCGAGCAAGCCUCCUGUUCCUGCCUCCCUGGAUAUUUCGGAACUCCACCGAGCUGUAGACCCGAAUGCCUAGUAAACUCUGAUUGCGAGCAGAGUAAAGCUUGCAUGAACGAGCGAUGCCAGAACCCGUGUGAGAACGCUUGUGGUCAAGCAGCGUUGUGUACCGUGAGAAACCACAAUCCUAUUUGCAGUUGUCCCACCCAGUAUUCCGGUGACCCGUUCGUGAGCUGUUUCCCUAUGAAACCGCAGUACGAAGAGCCUAGCCAGGACCCGUGCAAACCCUCAUCAUGUGGACCGAACUCCCAAUGCACAGUAUCGCCAGACAAUAAAGCCUCCUGCGCCUGUUUGCCCGAGUUUAUGGGCUCUCCUCCCAACUGUAGACCUGAAUGCCUCGUGAACAGCGAAUGUCCCGGAAAUAGGGCUUGCGUUAAACAGAAGUGUACAGAUCCCUGUUCCGGACUCUGCGGCUCUAACGCUCUCUGCCAAGUUACCCUGCAUUACAUCCGUUGCGUGUGUCCUGAUGGAUACACCGGGGACCCGUACACUGUUUGUUCCGUGGCCAAGAUACCUUCAGAACCGCAGACACCGGUGAGACCAUGCAGACCUUCGCCGUGCGGAAUUAAUGCUUACUGUCGAGAGAGAUACAACACCGCUUAUUGCGAGUGUCUGCCAGAUUUCCGAGGAAACCCAUACGAAGGCUGUCAACCGGAGUGUUUGGUCAACACCGAUUGCCCGAAAUCGCAGUCUUGCAUCAGGACCAAGUGUCAGGAUCCAUGUCCAGGCACUUGUGGCGUUGGAGCGAUCUGUACCGUGUCUAAUCACGUACCUAUUUGCUCUUGUCCUCUGCCUACUGUCGGAGAUGCGUUCACUAUUUGCCAAGCUAUUCCCGAAGUACCGAAAGAAAGGGAUCCCUGUUCUCCAUCCCCAUGUGGCCCCAAUACCAUCUGCGAGAAGGUCGGUAACACAGCAGUCUGCAAGUGUCUACCUGCCCUGCAAGGAAUCCCUUCGAGUGUCACAGGCUGUCAUCCAGAAUGCGUGAUCAGUUCGGACUGUCCAGGUGAUAAAGCCUGCAUCGGUAACAAAUGCGUGAAUCCUUGCACGCAGAACGUAUGCGGCAUCAAGGCCAUUUGCAAAGCUAUCAACCAUAGUCCUCUGUGUAGCUGUCCAUCAUCGUUGAUCGGCAAUCCAUUCGAAGAAUGCUACACGAAAAUUGAAAUUGAUCCCUGCAAUCCAUCUCCGUGCAGUUACAAUGGCGAAUGUAGAGUCAGGAAUGGCAUCGCUGUGUGUAUUUAUCCGGAAUGCGUUAUCAAUUCGGACUGCCCGCGUGAUAAAGCCUGCUUCGCACAGAAAUGUAGAGAUCCCUGCAUCGGUGCCUGUGGAAUCAAUUCGUUGUGUCAGACAGUGAACCACAAGCCAGUUUGCUCUUGUCCAUCAGGUUUCACUGGGAAUGCUCGCAUUCAAUGCACCAUUCCAACUGUAGAAGAACCAGUACCAGAAUGCACUCAGAACUCCGAGUGCCCCAACGACAAGACUUGCUACAGUCAGAAAUGUGUCGAUCCCUGCACUCUCGAUUCUUGUGGCUUCAACAGCCGCUGUCACGUUCAGUUGCACCGAGCUGUUUGCGUCUGCAAUGAAGGCUUCACAGGCAAUCCUCAGCAGCACUGUCGCGAGAUUGGUUGCCGAGGUGACAGUGAUUGUCCAUUGACUCAGUCUUGCAUUAACAACGAAUGCGUGGAUGCCUGUUCCGUGACGCAGUGCGGUAUCAACGCAUUCUGCAGGUCUGAUGCAUACCACAGACCAAGAUGCUACUGUCCUGAUGGAUAUAUAGGAAAUCCGUAUCAAUCCUGCGAGAGACCAGCGUGUAUUAACGAUAAUGACUGCUCAUCCCAGUUAGUGUGUCGGGAUUCCAAGUGCGUAAGUCCCUGCGAUUGUCCACCCUUGGCACAGUGCUUCGUGGUUAAUCAUAGAGCCACUUGUCGAUGCCCUCCGGGCUACGUGGGUGAUCCAUAUUCCUCGUGUCUAAUGGAACCGAUCGAACAACAGCCACAGUGUCAAGUAGAUGGAGACUGUCCCAGUAAACUGGGCUGCUUCAACGGCGUUUGCAAAGAUCCAUGCGCCGAAACCAAACCUUGCAUCGCUGGGGCGAAGUGUUCCGUUGUAGACACUUUGCCUAUGAGAACCAUGAUUUGCGAAUGCUUGCCGAACUUCGCUGGAGACGCGACUGUCGCUUGCAUCCCUGUGGACAAACAAAUUGAAGCUAUUUGCAAGACUGACUCGCAAUGCUCUUCGAACAUGGCCUGCCUGAGCGAACGAUGCAUCAAUCCUUGCAUCAUUAGUCCAUGUGCGUCAAAUGCGGAAUGCUCUGUUCAAAAUCACUAUCGUCAGUGUCACUGCUCUCGUGGUACCGCUGGUGAUCCAUUCGUGAAUUGUUACAGAGACACUGACUCAUUCACGGACUGUACGUCGAACGCAGACUGUGCAACUAACGAGGCUUGUAUUCAUCAGCUAUGUCAAAAUCCGUGUAUCAGCACACAAUGUGGUCUGAACGCGGAAUGUAUCACUGUCAAUCAUCAUCCGACCUGUCACUGCCAACAGAACUUCGCAGGAGAUCCUCAGAUACAAUGUUUCAGACCCGAGUGCAAGUCUGAUAGCGAUUGUCCCUACGACAAGACCUGUCAGAACAACAACUGCGUUACUCCUUGCUUGGUUGGAGACAUCGCGUGUGGUCGUGGAGCAGAAUGCAUUGCAGUUUCGCACAGGGCACAAUGCGUCUGUCCACGAGGCACCCAAGGUGAUCCGCGAAUCGCAUGCAUCUCCACGGUGUGUCAUUACAACGAGGACUGUGCAGAUCACGAAGCCUGCGACAGACUGAACAGAGUCUGUAGACCCGUUUGCGAGGAUGAUACUUGCGCGGAAACUGCCAAGUGUAUCGCGAGAGACCAUCAACCUAAGUGCACAUGCCCACAAGGAACUACUGGGAAUCCAUAUAUCGACUGCACUGGUGUGUUUACCGAACCGGAAUGCAAAGAGGACAACGAAUGCCCAUCAUACUUUGCGUGCAUCAACACGAAAUGUCAAGAUCCUUGUCUAUCCUCGAACAUGUGCUCUGGUGAUCAAGAAUGCAAGGUACUGAAUACGGUGCCCCUUCGUACGAUGAUUUGCAGCUGCCCACCGAACACCAUUACAGAUGUAAACGGACUCUGCAAAAAGAUUGUACUCGAAGAUGUGCAGUGUCACCAAGAUCAAGACUGUAACGAUUCCGAUAAGUGCGUGGAUGGAACCUGUAUCGAAGCCUGUCUAACCACUCACUGUGGUCUAAAUGCUCAAUGCAAGGCAACAUCUCAUACUGGAGUCUGCCAUUGCGCAACCGAAUUUACCGGCAACGCUUACAUCGAGUGCAUUAGGGUUCCAAUCAUAUCGCAGACACCGGUUCGACCAGAAUGCUACACUAACAGCGAGUGUUCCAGUGACAAACAGUGUAUAAAUUCUCUCUGCAUUAAUCCUUGCGUCAUUAGGGACACAUGCGGUAGAAAUGCACUGUGUUACGUAAAUAACAAUAAUCCGAUCUGCAAAUGUCCUGUCAACUACGCGGGUGAUCCAAGAAUCAAUUGCAUACCACCGGAAAUUGUAGCUGAGUGUACCUCGAAUAGCGAUUGCGCGGGUAACGCGGCUUGUGUGAACAGUUUGUGUAUUAAUCCGUGCAACUGCGGUCCAAAUGCCAAGUGCAAUGUCAUAGAUCACUAUCCAUCUUGCGUCUGCCCGCCUGGCUAUUCUGGAAAUCCUCAACUCGGUUGCUUCAAACUGGACUGCGAAUCAGACAGCGAGUGCAACAACGCUGCCACUUGUUACAACGGACAAUGCGUGAAUCCUUGCAUCUUAGAGAACAAGUGUGCGAUAAAUGCAGAAUGCUAUGGUCAAAAUCAUCGCGCCAUUUGUCGUUGCGGUGCAGGAUACUUAGGCAAUCCACAAGUUCAUUGCGAGAGAGUAGAGUGCAGCACUGAUCACGAUUGUCCUCGAAACCUUGCUUGUGAUAGCGGACAUUGCGUUAGUCCUUGCAUAGAAGAUUCACCGUGUGCCCAAAAUGCUAUUUGCUACGUCCAAGAUCACGUGGCCACUUGUCGCUGUCCAGAGAAUAUUCCCGCUGGAAACCCGUAUUCCUAUUGUACUCACCAUCCCACGACGGAGUUGGACGAACCAGAGUGUAGAAUCGACAUUGAUUGCGCUGACAAACUAGUAUGCAUCAGGAAUAAGUGUAUCGAUCCUUGCCCGGUAAUCAAACCUUGUUUACAAAAUGCACGUUGCAACGUGUUGGAUACUGUUCCUGUAAGAACCAUGACAUGUACUUGCCCAGAGGGCUGGACCACUGACAUCGACGAAGUUUGUAGACCGAUUCAAAUAGCUGUAAUAGGCACCUGUACAACAAACGACGAGUGCAGUGACGCAGAGGCCUGCAUCAACAGACAAUGCAGAAAUCCCUGCAACUGCGGUACCAACGCUGCCUGCUAUGUACGAAACCACAAACCAAUCUGCUCCUGCGAGGAAGGCUACCAAGGCAACCCGGAUCUUGCAUGCUUUUCCGUAGAAUGUACACGAGACAGCGAGUGUGCCCUGGACAAGAGUUGCGUGAACAAUAAUUGCGUCAAUCCUUGUCUAGUUUCUGAUAAUUGUGGCGUGAACGCCGAAUGCUUCCCUAACAACCACAAAGCAGACUGUCGUUGUCGCAAGGGUUAUCACGGAAAUGCUCUGGAUCGUUGCAGAGUUAUCGGUUGCUACAGUAACGGAGAUUGUCCUGGAGAUCAUUCUUGCAUCAAUAUGCAGUGCAUCAACCCCUGCGUUCACAAUAAUCCUUGUUCCUCUCGAGCUGAGUGCAGAGUCUUCAACCAUUUGCCUAUCUGUCGUUGCCCAAGUCAUCACACUGGCAAUCCUUACGUUGCUUGCAAGCCAGAGGAACGACCAGAAUGUAAAGAAGAUACCGACUGUCCCAACUUGUUGGCCUGCUUCGAUAAUAAGUGUCAAAAUCCAUGCACUCUGGUACAACCCUGUAGCGAGCCAUCAGAGUGCAGGGUACUCCCGACGUCUCCGGUUCGUACAAUGGUGUGCGUAUGCCCCAGCGGUUAUGUAAGCAGUGGCAGCGGAACUUGUCGACCUACCAAACCAAUUUUAGAAAUCGAGUGUAAGAGAGAUAGCGAUUGUCCAUCAGAAAAAUCCUGUGUAAACGCAGUGUGCAAGAGUCCUUGCGCCUGCGGUCCUAACGCAGAUUGCAGUGUCGUUAAUCAUAAACCGAUAUGCUCCUGUGUUCUGGGCUUCGACGGAAAUCCUGACAUGGCAUGUACCAAAGUAUCCGGAUGCCGCACAGAUGCUGACUGCAGUGGAUCACACGCGUGUGUACAACACAACUGUAUUCCGAUUUGUUCACCGUCGCUGUCCAUCUGUGGAAAGGGCGCUGAAUGCUAUGGUAUCAACCACAAAGCUAUUUGCGAAUGUCCACCAGGAUAUGGAGGCAAUCCAAGGGUCUCUUGCGUCCUUCUUGGUUGCAAGAGCAAUUCUGAUUGUCCCACGAACAAAGCUUGCAUCAACAAUCGUUGCGAGAAUCCCUGCGCCGAAAAUCCUUGCACUGGAAAUAUGGAUUGCAACGUCUAUAAUCAUGUAGUGGAAUGUGCUUGUCCUCCUGGUUACAUCUCGGAUACUAAAACGGGUUGCACUAAACUGACAGAAAAAUGCAAAGCAGACAAUGAAUGCCCAUCUCAAACUGCUUGCUUUAACGGCGAAUGCAUCAAUCCUUGUGUGAAGAUUGAACCCUGUGGUGUGAAUGCGGACUGUAAAGUACUCGACACAUCUCCUGUGAGAACCAUGAUCUGCGAGUGCAUCCCUGGAUACAGAGGAAACGCAGUCGUCCGCUGUGACAAAACGAACGUAUGUCCAGUAGAGAAGGGUCAAGUUCUCGACGAAUACGGCAAUUGUGUCUGUCCACCUGGAUCAGCUAAGGAUGAGACCGAAGUGUGUGUACCGUGUCGCAAACAGUCUGGAAUGAUCAUCAACGAUGAAGGAUAUUGUGUCUGUGCUCUGGAGAACGGUAUGAUCAUUGAUGAGUAUGGUCGCUGUGUGUGUCCAACCCAUCAUGGGUAUAGAUUAGACGCGAAUGGAUAUUGUAAAUUAGUUGACAUAAUCGAGUGCAAACAUGAUGAUGACUGCGCCGAUAAUAGAUACUGUGAUAAAACCAGCCAGACUUGUGAAGAUCCUUGUUUAACUCAAUUGUGUGGCCUCUACGCACUUUGCAAUGCUACUCGUCAUCAAGCUAUUUGCAUAUGCAUCAAUGGCUACAUUGGAAAUGCUUAUACUCAGUGCUAUGACAAGAAUCGUUGGCGUACAGACUUCCCCAGGCCAGAGAUGGUGGUCAGUUGUUUGUCGGAUGGAGUACAGGUCGAAAUACAUCUUCACGAUCAGGAAUUCGAUGGUGUUCUGUAUGUUAAAGGUCAUAGCAAAGAUGAACAAUGCAGAAGAGUUGUCUCGAUACCAGCAGAAACCAUGCACAAAACCGAAAUAUUCAAGGUGGCAUUUGGAAAUUGUGGACUAAUACACGUAAAUGGACAAGCUAGUUUCGUAUUAGUUAUACAAAAACAUCCGAAAUUAAUGACAUACAAGACUCAAGCUUAUCACAUCAAGUGUAUAUAUCAAACUGGAGAGCAAAAUGUCACACUUGGUUUCAAUGUCUCUAUGUUAACUACAGCUGGCACCAUUGCUAACACUGGUCCUCCACCAGUCUGUCUCAUGAAGAUCGUUACCCAGAAUGGAAAUGAAAUAAAUUCUGCUGAAAUUGGAGAUAAUUUGAUGUUACAAGUAGAAGUUCAGCCUUCCACUAUUUAUGGUGGAUUCGCACGAAAUUGCGUGGCUAAAACGAUGGAAGAUAACUUGGAGAACGAGUAUAUUGUAACAGAUGAGAACGGCUGUGCUACAGAUCCGACGAUAUUCGGAGAGUGGGAACAGAACCCAGAAACGCAAACGUUGAUGGCCAGCUUUAAUGCUUUUAAGUUCCCAAGCAGUGAUAAUAUUCGAUUCCAAUGUAAUAUCCGGGUGUGUUUUGGACGUUGUCAGCCUGUUAACUGCCGAGGAUACAACGCAUUCGGUCGUCGCCGUCGAGAUGUGAGUUCCGAAGGUAAUGAAACAGCUUUGACUAUUACGGACAAUUAUGAAGGACAACUUCGAGAAGAAAUAACAAUUCAAUCAAACUUAAUAUUUACUCUGGAGAGGAGAGAAGAGAGGUUCACAGCAGAUCCAGCUGAAAUCACUGCAGCUCAAAGAGUGGAAGACAUUUGCGUUUCUAUGGUCGGCUUUGUGAUAGCAUUAGUAAUUACAGCACUCUUGGCACUAGUCGCUGUAGCUAUUGCUGUUUCGUGCUGGUUAAUGGCGUAUCGUCGCCAGCCAAAGACUGCUGGACCACUGCCACACCCACCAGAGUUCCCAAAUCCAUUGUUCACUACCGAAUCUGUAGCUGAACCAUCUCCUGAUUAUCACCUGUCAUAA